AUGACAUACGAAGAUCCCAUUAAGCUUCUCCUUGUCUCUUUUCCAGCACAAGGACACAUAAACCAUCUUGUUGGACUAGGAAAGUAUCUUGCUGCAAAGGGUGCCACUGUUAUCUUCACCACAACAGAGACGGCUGGCAAAAACAUGCGAGCUGCUAACAACAUCAUUGACAAAUUAGCAACUCCAAUUGGUGAUGGUACUUUCGCUUUCGAGUUCUUUGACGAUGGUUUACCAGAUGGCAGUGGUUCGGCCUUCAGAGCUCUUCAGCACUAUGCUGAAAUUGAGGUUGCUGGCAGACACUUUAUUUCACAAAUGAUAAAGAAUCAUGCCGAUUCAAACAAACCAUUUUCAUGUAUCAUAAACAACUAUUUUUUUCCAUGGGUUUGUGACGUUGCUAAUGAACACAAUAUUCCUUCUGUUUUGUCAUGGACUAAUUCCGCUGCUGUUUUCACCACUUACUAUAACUAUGUCCACAAAUUAACAUCUUUCCCUACAAAUGAAGAACCUUAUAUUGAUGUUCAACUCAAUUCUUCUAUAGUUCUUAAAUACAAUGAAAUCUCAGACUUUAUACAUCCUUUUUUCCCAUUUCCAUUUCUAGGUAAACUCAUCUUAGAAGAGUUUAAGGACUUGUCUAAAGUGUUUUGUGUAUUAGUGGAUACCUAUGAAGAACUAGAGCAUGAUUUCAUAGAUUAUAUUUCAAAAAAAUCAAUCACCAUAAGACCUAUUGGUCCUUCGUUUAAGAAUCCAAAUGCAAUAAUUUUUGCAUCAAAAACUGUAUAA